AGUCUCCCCCUGUUUCAUCCCCGUCGAUGUGUUCUUCUCCUCACCUGAUUGCUCGCGGAUUUGUUCCCCAUUUCUUCUGCUCGCAAGCUUGAUUAGAGUUGGUUUGAACCACAAAGUGAGCACAUCCAUCCAGCACUGCCACGGUUCUCCACUGUCCACCAAUAACACUACUGCAGAAAAACAAAAAACAGAGUCUUUAUCAAAGUAAAUGACUUAAUUGGACAUGAGAGUUUUUGUUUGAUGUUUACGUACUGAGACAUCAGAUCCUGAACUGCAGAUGAUUUCUUUGCAUGCAUGAGCAUUGGUACGUUGUGCAUGUAGGAGGACGGUUCUUUUGAGCUUUUUUAGCUGUAGAUCCAUGCGAAUGCGUGCGAGAGAUGCAGCCCUGCACGUUUCGCUCCAUCCCGUCACAAAAACACUAAAGUGCUUUCAAAAACACGAGUGUUCAUGGAGUUGGUGGUGCAUCUGGACAGUUCUUCAGCACUUCAGCGGUAUUGUGUAGCAGUUGGUUUGUUUUAUUAGUACUGCAGAUGGCUUUAUCUGGACUGAGUCAAGUUUCUUUGAACGUUGUUGCAUGAACUGUGAUUUGUGUCCUUUUGAAGUUGCUGUGUCGAUGAGGCGAGAUUUGAGGACGUCCCGGGCGACUUCUGGAAUCGAACGAUUAACCGAACGAAUAAGCUGGAGACAGGUGGCGCUGACUGCCAUGGAGAAUUUCUGGAUUGUGGACGUUUUCGGGACCACCGCGUGAGGCGAAUUUCAUGACACGGACACACGAGUUCUGCUCAGCUUCUGACUGCAUUGAGUCCCCAGUUCGAUUGGCGUCCCAGCCAAAGCUCCAGCAUCCAAAACACUAUGAUAAUUCAGAGACGUCCAAGGCAGAACAAAAUCACCACGAUUUCUCCAGAAUUUAUCUAAAUCAAUGAGUUUGAACUUUCCUUCAUUGGGUCUAUGAAAGUGGACAGAGUUCCUAGAAUAUUUACACACUCAGACGAGUGAAAUUUCCUAUCCCGUGCGGAUAUAUAUGCUUUAAUGCAGAAUCGGUGGAGAAAUAUGGCCGAUAAUGUUUUGGACUCGGGGCCAUCUUCAGCCAAAAGGCCUAAAUUGUCCUCGCCCGCUCUGUCCGGUUCUGCGAGCGAUACGAAUGACUUCAGUUCCCUCUUUGACCUGGAGCAUGACCUCCCUGAUGAGCUCAUCAGUUCAUCUGACUUGGCAUUGCCUAACGGAGGGGUCGAGGUGUGCCAGACUUCCUCCCUCGGCCCGAUCCAGGACACAGUCGCCAAACACAAGCAGCUGUCUGAGCUCCUCUGCUCCGCCUCGCAGCAGCAGCAGCAGGCAGGUAUGAUGGCGUCGGCCGGCUUUAACAGGCCAAUGAUGGCAGCGCAGAAAGGAAACGUGCAGACGCAGGGCAUUAUGGGAGGGCAGGCCAUGAACGGGGUACCCAGGAUGGGGUACGUCAACGCUAAUCCUGGCAUGAACAUGGCCGAUACUCUACAGCAGCAGCAGCAGCAGCUCAGAGCUCAGCAACCUGGAGCCGUUAACAAGAUGAACAUGAUGGCUGGUGCAGGCUCUGCCCCAUUCAUGCCACCUUACUCCCAUAGUGGAGCUCAGUCAUCUCUUGCCCCGUCCCUCCAGAAUAAAGCGCCUCAGAACCUCUCACAGUUCAGCGUGGAUCAGAAAGCCCAGCCUGGUCAGAGUGUCCCCGGCCUGGCGGUGGCACCCCCUGUGGCUGACCCUGAGAAGAGGAAGUUGAUCCAGCAGCAGCUCGUUCUCCUGCUUCACGCUCAUAAGUGUCAGCGUCGGGAGCAGAGUAACGGAGAGCUGUCUCACUGCAGCCUGCCUCACUGCAGGACCAUGAAGAACGUCCUCAAUCACAUGACCCACUGUCAGGCCGGGAAAACCUGCCAGGUGGCUCACUGUGCGUCGUCGAGGCAGAUCAUCUCUCACUGGAAGAACUGCACACGGCACGACUGUCCCGUCUGUCUGCCUCUGAAAAAUGCAGGAGACAAGAGGAACCAGCAAUCUCUGUUAGGUGGAGCCAGUGUGGCGGUGGGUGGGUCUGUGGGUGGCUCUGCCCCCUGUGCCCCUCCCUCAGGACCUAAUCUGAACUCGGCGGGUCAGAUAGACCCAAGCUCCAUCGAGAGAGCGUACGCCGCGCUUGGGCUCAGCUACACGGGCCAGACGGGUCAGAUCACACCCUCUACUGCCACGGGUGUUAAUCAGGUUGGUGUUAAUGGCGGUGUUCAGGCCCAAACCCAGCAGUCCAACCACCUACCAGAUGCUCUGUUACACCGCAGCAUCAGCACACACAGUCUGAUGAGUGAUGGAGGUGGGGCAGGGCCUAUGAGUUCAGUUCCUCUAGCCACACCCCCUUCUGCAGGAAUGAGGAAGAACUGGCAUGAGGACAUCACACAGGACCUGCGCAACCACCUCGUCCACAAACUGGUCCAGGCCAUCUUCCCCACCCCGGACCCUGCAGCUCUAAAGGACAGGAGGAUGGAGAACCUGGUGGCGUACGCACGCAAAGUGGAGGGAGACAUGUACGAGUCCGCCAACAGCAGGGCUGAAUAUUAUCACCUGCUUGCGGAGAAGAUCUAUAAGAUCCAGAAGGAGUUGGAGGAGAAGAGGAAAACCCGACUGCAGAAACAGAGCACACACACAGAAAAUGGUCCUCUGGCAGAUCCGUCACUCCUUCGUCCCACUGGACCGAACCAGAUGGUCAACAGAAUGCCAAAUCCUGCUGGUAUGAAUCAGUUCAGUCAGAUGGGAGCACAGCCACAGCACAUGAACCAGCUGGGCAUGCAAGGAGUACCUCGAAUGACACAGCCCAACAUGGUUCAGCUGCAAAACCAGUUCAACCAGAACCAGUUCCCGUUAGCCGGUUCCGGCCCAGUCCAGAUGUCCACUCCACCACCACUGCUCAACAGUCCAGCAGUUCAGACUCCACCCACAAGUUCUACAUCCAGCCUUCCACCCACUUCACAACUCCAGACUCCGCCCAUCCACCAAACCACACCCUCACCAGCUGCCAGACUCACGCCCACACCUCGUCAGACACCGCCCCCUUUGCCUGGCAAUCAAACACCCCAGCCUCAAACGCCCAACUCUGCCAUCAUGGCCCCGCCCACCCCGCAGCAGCUGGACAGAGCCAAUCAGAUGCAGCCGCAGGGAGGCGGAGCUUCUGAAGCAUUGUCUGUGCCUUCCCAGGAUGUGAACACUCAGCCGCAGUGCUCACCAUAUCAAAAGCCGUCCGUGAUGACGGACGGUCCGACGUCAACCCCGGCCUCGGUGGGCUCCAUCGGCCCCGAGAUGAACUCCGCCACUGAACCCGACCUAAAAAUGGAGGUCAAAAAGCAGGAGGAAGAAGAAGAAGAAGAGGAGGAGGAAGAGGAGGAGACUCAGGAGGAGGAGGUGAAAAUGAAGAUGGAAGCCGUGCAGGAGGAGGCGAAGGCUGAGGAGAAACCGGAGAUUAAGAAGGAGGAGCCAGAGGCAGAGUCGUGUAAGGCGGAGCCGAUGGAGGCAUCGACGGGGGAGACGGGAGAAGACAAGAAGCCUGAGAUAAAGUGCGAGCCCAAAGAGGAAAAAGAGGCGACAAACGACUCGUCCACCAACACGGAAAGCAAGAAGAAGAUCUUUAAGCCGGAGGAGAUGCGUGAGGUCCUCAUGCCCACGCUGGAGGCGCUCUACAAGCAGGAUCCCGAGUCUCUGCCCUUCCGCCAGCCCGUUGACCCACAGCUACUCGGAAUCCCGGACUACUUUGACAUCGUGAAGACUCCGAUGGACCUGUCCACCAUAAAGCGGAAGCUGGACACGGGUCAGUACCAGGAGCCGUGGCAGUACGUGGACGACAUCUGGCUGAUGUUCAACAACGCCUGGCUCUACAACCGCAAGACCUCACGUGUGUAUAAGUACUGCUCCAAACUGGCCGAGGUGUUCGAGCAGGAGAUCGACCCCGUCAUGCAGGGCCUGGGCUUCUGCUGCGGGAGGAAGCUGGAAUUUUCUCCUCAAACUCUGUGCUGCUACGGGAAACAACUCUGUACAAUCCCUAGAGAUGCUGCCUACUUCAGCUACCAAAACAGGUACCACUUCUGUGAGAAGUGUUUCAAUGAAAUCCAGGGCGAGAACGUGUCCCUGAGCGACGACCCCACACAGCCUCAAACAGCCAUCAAUAAAGACCAGUUUGAGAAGAAGAAGAAUGACACCCUCGACCCAGAACUAUUCGUGGAAUGUUCUGACUGUGCUCGUAAAAUGCACCAAAUCUGCGUCCUGCACAACGAGACGAUCUGGCCGUUAGGCUUUGUGUGUGACGGCUGUUUGAAGGCGUCCAAUAAGACGAGGAAGGAGAAUAAAUACGCCGCCAAAAGGCUUCCCCAGACGAAGCUGGGUAACUUCCUGGAGACACGCGUGAACGAGUUCCUGAAGCGGCAGACUCAUCCCGAAACCGGUGAUGUCACUAUCCGGGUGGUUCACGUCUCCGACAAAAUGGUUGAAGUGAAGCCGGGAAUGAAGUCCAGAUUUGUGGACAGUGGUGAAAUGGCGGAGUCUUUCCCCUACCGGACGAAAGCUCUGUUUGCAUUCGAGGACAUCAGUGGAGUGGAUGUGUGUUUUUUCGGCAUGCACGUACAAGAGUAUGGCUCAGAUUGUCCUCCGCCCAAUCAGAGACGUGUGUAUAUCUCCUAUCUGGACAGCGUGCACUUCUUUCAGCCACGUCAUCUGAGGACAGGUGUGUAUCACGAGAUCCUAGUCGGGUACCUCGAAUAUGUGAAGAAGUUGGGGUUCACCACAGGACAUAUCUGGGCGUGUCCACCAAGUGAAGGAGAUGACUACAUCUUCCACUGUCACCCACCGGACCAGAAGAUCCCCAAACCCAAACGACUGCAGGAGUGGUACAAGAAGAUGCUGGACAAGGCUGUGGCAGAGCGAAUUGUUCAUGACUACAAGGACAUCUUUAAACAGGCAACUGAGGAUCGCCUGACGAGUGCAAAGGAGCUGCCUUAUUUUGAAGGCGAUUUCUGGCCCAAUGUGCUGGAGGAGAGCAUCAAAGAGCUGGAGCAAGAAGAGGAGGAGAGGAAAAGAGAGGAGAACAGCACAUCCAACGAAAGUGUCGAUGCCACGGAGGGCGACAGCAAAAACGCGAAGAAAAAGAACAACAAGAAGACGAACAAAAACAAAAGCAGCAUGAGCCGAGCCAACAAGAAGAAACCAGGAGUGCCUAAUGUUUCAAACGACCUAUCUCAAAAACUGUACGCUACCAUGGAGAAACAUAAAGAGGUCUUCUUCGUCAUCCGUCUCCUUGCCGGCCCUUCCGUCAACUCGCUACCUGCCAUCAUAGAUCCAGACCCACUGAUGGCGUGCGACCUGAUGGAUGGGCGUGACGCCUUUCUGACGCUGGCUCGGGACAAGCACCUGGAGUUCAGCUCUUUGCGACGAGCCAAGUGGAGCUCAAUGUGCAUGCUGGUGGAACUGCACAACCAAAGCCAGGAUCGCUUUGUCUAUACUUGCAAUGAGUGCAAACAUCAUGUGGAGACACGCUUCCACUGCACCGUCUGUGAGGACUAUGACCUUUGCAUCACUUGCUAUAAAACUAAGGGUCAUGAGCACAAGAUGGAGAAGCUUGGUCUUGGUCUAGAUGAUGAGAGUAGCAACCAGACAACAGCCGCCACUCAGAACCCUGGUGACUCUCGUCGUCUUAGCAUCCAGCGCUGCAUCCAGUCUCUGGUGCAUGCCUGUCAGUGUCGCAAUGCCAACUGCUCCCUGCCUUCUUGCCAGAAGAUGAAGCGGGUGGUGCAGCACACAAAGGGCUGCAAGCGCAAGACAAAUGGUGGCUGUCCCAUCUGCAAGCAGCUCAUUGCUUUGUGCUGCUAUCAUGCCAAGCACUGCCAGGAGAACAAGUGCCCUGUGCCAUUUUGCCUCAACAUAAAGCAGAAACUCAGGCAGCAGCAGCUGCAGCACAGGCUACAGCAAGCGCAGAUGCUGCGUAGGCGCAUGGCCACCAUGCAGCGGACUGGGCAGCCUCCUCUUAGUGGUGGCCCACCUGGAGGUCUUCCAUCGCCAGGCAGCAACUGUGCCACGGGUCGUAGCACACCAACAUCAGUGGGUACCCAGCCUCCCACUCCUCAGACGCCUACCCAACAAAGUCUUGCUCCUGUACCCCAGCCUGGAAUGGGAAGCAUUCCUGUUGCAUCCCCUCAGCAGAUACAGCAGCCACAGGGCAACAUGCCUCCCCAGCACCCUGGCCAUCCGCAAUUUCAGCAAAUGCAAAGUGCUCAGGGAGUGAUGACCUCUCCCCAGCCUCAAAUGGUUUCUCAACAACAGACGGGACAGUCACCACAUCCCAGCGGUUUGGCUCAGUAUGGCCUGAGACCUCCAGGUUCUACAGGCAAACCAGGCCUGAGUCCGGCAAGCCCCAGCAGCUUAGGGGCAGGUCCAUUGCAGCAACAGUCGGGUCCUCCUGCAGCAGCUGUGGAAAUUGCAAAGAAGAUCCAGCAAGUGGCAGAUGCACAAAGAAAUAUGGCAAAAGCUCACCUACUACAGAGGCCAGUUACACAGACAGGCAUGAUACAACCACACCCACACCACCAACAACCCCAAGCGCAGAUUGGGAUGACCCAUCCAGGGGUUAGCAUGGUAGGUGGAACAGGGCUACCUCCUCAUGCGCAAGCUACUGUUUCCCGAGGCCAGAUAGAACAGCAGCAGGGACCUCAAGGAAUGAUGGUUGGACCGGGACCCAUGCAGCAGCAACCUGUACCACAGCCUACUGCACAGGGCCAGCUUCCUCCACAGGUGCAGAUGCAGCAAAGAGCUAAUGUGCAGCUUCAGCCUGCUGCUCAGCAGCAAUGGACUGGACAGGGGAUUCCACCUCAGCAGAGACCUCCAGUUAUGAACCAGCCUGGGGUGGCUACAAUGCAGCAACAAAUGCAGCAGUCUCAACAGCCACAGCAGCAACAGCAAAUGCCAAAUCACAAUGCCUUGAUGAAUAUGGUGCAGGGUGGACUGCAGGGUGGUGCUGCAGGUGGAAUGGCAGGUGGGAGUCUUCCUCAGGGAACUGUGCAGGAAUUCAUGCAAGCCCUGCGAUCACCUAGCUCACCUCAGCAGCAGCAGCAGGUUCUCAACAUUCUUCGUUCCAAUCCACAACUAAUGGCUGCAUUUAUAAAGCAGCGGGUUUACAAGUAUAAAAAUGGGCCAGGAGGUCCUGCUGGUGCACCGGGAGGACCAGGGGCAGCCAUGAGCAGCCAGCCAGUGGGAGUCAAUGCUUGUGGGCUUCAGCCAACCAUGAAUAUGGGACAAGCCCAACUGGCCCAGCUGCAACAACAGCAGCAGCAGCAAAUGCAACAACCUCAGAGGCCCCUGCUUCAGCAGCAGCAAGUUGCCGGGUUACAACAACAGCAGCAACAGCAAGGAAUACCGGGCCAAGUGCCUCCCAACGUGGCCAACAUGAAUCCACAGUUCAGAGAGCUGCUGUUAAGGAGACAACAGCAGAAACUACAGCUGCAACAGCAGCAGCAACAGCAGCAACAGUCAGGGGGAAAUCACACCGCAUUCACACAGCAGCAGGGCUACAUGAGUCAGCAGGCUCAGCAGACACAACCAGGGGUCCAACCUGGUGCCCAGCAGCAGGGUUACCCUGGCAACUCGGCACAGCAGCAAGGUUACCCCGGCAACUCAACCCAGGGUUUCCCAGGCAACUCUGCACAGCAGCAAGCUUACCCAGGCAACUCUGCUCAGCAGCAGGGUUACCCAGGCAACUCGGCUCAGCAGCAGGGUUACCCAGGCAACUCGGCUCAGCAGCAGGGUUACCCAGGCAACUCGGCUCAGCAACCAGGUUACCCAGGGAACACAACCCAGCAGCAGGGUUUUCCAGGCAACUUGACCCAGCAGCAGGGUUUUCCAGGCAACUUAACCCAACAGCAGGCUUUUCCAGGAAACCCGGCCCAGCAACAGGGUUACCCAGGCAACACUGCACAGCAGCAAGCUGCUGCAGCCUUGCAGCAGAGACUGCAGCAUCAACACAGAUUGCAAAUGCAGCAGCAGCAGCAGAACGCUGGGCUGCAAGGGCCUGAUAGAGGUGGUCCACAGAUGCAGCCAGGACAAGGAGGAACACAGUCUUCAUCAUCUCCGGCAAUGCUGCAGCAAGCAAUCCACCAGCGACUGCUUCAGCAACAGAAGCAGCACCUAGGUGGAACUUCGCCUGCACAGCAGAACAAUCCCAUGAGCCCACAGCAGCAAAUGUCCCAGUCGCCACACCUGCAGGGCCAGCCGCUCCCCAACUCUCUCAGCAACCAAGUGCGAUCGCCUCAACCCUCCCCUCGUCCGCAAUCGCAGCCGCCACACUCGAGUCCGUCCCCACGAAUGCAGCAGACUCAGACGGCUUCACCACACCCCACUCAUCUACAGCAGCACCUACCUGGCAUGGCUCCUCCUCCACCUCCUCCCCAGCUACAGCAGAAUGCUAUGGACCCUGGUGGGAACUCGAUGCUGCCGCAUCUCAGCGGUAUGGUGGGACUCCACCCUGCGGGCGGGAAAGACAUACGACCCCCUAGUGGGCAGGAUCUCGGGGUGAACAUGAACCCGUUAGACAUGUAGUUAGAAAACCUUGCCAGAGACAGUGUUAGCUUUGUUUUGAUAAUACGGUUAUUAAUUAUUUAAUUUCUUUCUUAACUAUGAACACCAUGAACUCUGAUCUUCCUAUGGGAGAUGCGGAACUUGCAUAACCGGAAUGUUAUGAGUGUGAACGCUAAAUUAUGGCUUUUUUUUCCUUUCCUUUUUGUUUUUUGCCAAUUGUGAACAAAUAAAGGCUUGUUUCUCCGACUCAGAGAAUAGAACACAGGUAAUAUUUUCAGGCCUGGGGGAGUAUUUACCUUUUUAAGAUAUAUUUUUUAAUAUUUUAAAAAUGUAAAGUGCUGAUUUAUUGAAUGCAAUGGGUUUUAUUUUAUAAAUAUUUUUUUGCUCCUUGAAGCGGUCUCUGUUACUAUUUUUACAGGACGGAAAUGCGACAAAUGUUACAAUUCCUGUCAUUUUUGUUACUGUUUAAUUAAUUAUUCAGAUGUCAUGCGUAUCUUUUUGAAAAGUUUGGUUUUACAUUCUGUUAUUUAUUCUAGUGAUAUAUUUUUUUUUCUCUUGGCUCCUGGAGACUGCUACAAUUCUACAGAGUCUAUUUUUAAUACCUGAGAAUUUGCAGAGUGGUUUCGUUACAUUUAUGUUGACGAAUAUCGAGAAGAUUCACAGUGUUGUGGGCUGAAAGGCUUAGUGGUGUCGGCCAGUGGACCUUUUUUUUGUGUUUUGUUUUCUUUUGUGCCACAUUGGUUGAAAAUGCCUAGCCAUAGUGUCCACAUGGGGCAAACCACACGUCCUGUUUUCCCCAGUGUGUGUGUGUGUGUGUGUGUGUGUGUGUGUGUGUACUUACGACACUUAUUGGCUAGUGGAGGCAUGUAUUUGCAGAAGCUUGUGUGUGUGUGUGUGUGUGUGUGUGUGUGUGUGUGUGUGUGUGUGUGUGUGUGUGUGCGCGCGCGCGUGUUUAUGCUAAUAUGCAUAGAUGAGAUUAGAGUUUAUCUAAAGAACUGAUCUCUCCUUCCUCAUUGCCUCCACUUUCAGAAAUCUCAUUGCGCUGUUUUUUUUUUUUUUUUUUUUUUUUUUAGUUUAAUUUAAUUAUUUUUUACUGUACAAAGGAACAAACCUUGGACUCCAUACCAUUUUUGUAAUAAAAUGAUGUCAACAACAA